GCCGAGUGAUAGCGACUUUUGCAUGUUCAGGAGAAAAGGAAGUCAAUGUGGCUGUUCAGAAUGCAAAGGCUGCUUUUAAAAUAUGGAGUAAAAAAUCUGGCAUGGAGCGUUGCCGGGUCCUUCUGGAAGCUGCCAAGAUAAUGAGGGAGCGCAAGGAUGAAAUUGCCACUAUGGAGACCAUCAACAAUGGCAAGUCCAUCUUUGAGGCCCGCUGGGACAUUGACACUUCCUGGCAGUGCCUGGAGUACUUCGCAGGCUUGGCGGCGUCCAUGGCUGGUGAGCAUGUCCAGCUGCCAGGGGGAUCCUUUGGCUACACCCGCAGGGAGCCCCUUGGGGUAUGCGUGGGGAUCGGAGCCUGGAACUACCCAUUCCAGAUCGCCAGCUGGAAGUCAGCCCCAGCUCUGGCUUGUGGUAACGCCAUGGUCUUCAAGCCCUCCCCCUUCACACCUGUUUCUGCUGUGCUCCUGGCUGAGGUCUACACUCAGGCGGGAAUGCCUCCCGGGCUAGAUCAUGGAGUUGUCAGCGAAAGGAGUCAAACCUGUCACCUUGGAACUUGGGGGCAAAUCUCCACUCAUCAUUUUCUCAGACUGUAACAUGGAGAACGCCGUGAAGGGGGCACUGAUGGCCAACUUCCUCACACAAGGCCAGGUUUGCUGUAAUGGCACAAGAGUGUUUGUGCAAAGUGAUAUUCUUGAUAAGUUCACUGAAGAAGUGGUGAAACAGACCCAGAAAAUAAAAAUUGGAGAUCCCCUUCUGGAAGAUACAAGAAUGGGCCCACUCAUCAACCGGCCACACCUGGAGCGGGUCCUGGGCUUCAUCAAGUUGGCAAAGGAGCAGGGUGCCAAAGUGUUAUAUGGUGGAGACCCAUAUGUACCCGAGGAUCCCAAAUUAAAAGAUGGAUACUACAUGAGACCUUGCAUAUUAACUAACUGCAGAGAUGACAUGACCUGUGUGAAAGAGGAGAUCUUUGGACCGGUGAUGGCUAUUUUACCAUUUGACACAGAAACCGAGGUUCUGGAACGAGCCAAUGAUACCACAUUUGGACUUGCAGCAGGCGUGUUUACCAGGGACAUCCAGCGGGCUCACAGAGUGGUGGCCGAGCUUCAGGCGGGAACGUGCUACAUUAACAACUACAACGUCAGCCCAGUGGAGCUGCCCUUUGGUGGCUAUAAGAAGUCAGGAUUUGGCAGAGAGAACGGCCGUGUGACAGUUGAGUAUUACUCACAAUUGAAGACUGUGUGUGUGGAGAUGGGUGAUGUGGAGUCUAUUUUUUGAAGCCAGGGUGUGGGAUAACGAGAGCUGGCUCUCUUGACCAAGGCAGGAUGACCAAGGACCACUUUCAAUCCAGAUUUUAAUCAUUCAGAUUUAAAAAGUAGUUUGGCGGUGUUCUUCCUUUCAGUCACCUUCUUUCUUGAUAAUGUGCAUUAAGUGCCUUUUAGACAAUAAUCAAGGCAGUUGUGAUUUUCCUGCCAGCAAAUUUCUGUGUAAGCUUUAAAAGUUAUACAUCUAGAGAACAGGUUGAGUUUAACAUAUAGAGCAUAACCAGGGUUGUACUUCUUCCAAACAGCUGACCAACUGAUGAUGUUAAUUCUCUAGGUAAGGAACUUUUUCCUUUGUAGUUUUCUAGUAGAAUCAGUAGAGAUGAUUUCUACUCAUUGACUUUUUCUUUUAGUCUCUUAUUAUUCCUUUGAGAAAGCUGAUUGCUGAGAUAGAGAAGGGAUUAGGUAAUUGACAGGAUCAAAUUCUGCAUGGAUCUAACUUGCUGUAGUAAGCAUUUUCAUCCUAUUCUGCUGUGAUGGAGGAAAUACACCAGUCCUGGAACUACAGCUUGUUGUCUUACAGUGCCUGUUAAGUGCACAAAUUGGAAAUAAAAAUAGAAAAAUAAAUGUGCAAAGUUAUGUGUGUGCUAAUUAGUAUAGUGAAAAUAAAAUCACAUUAUUAAUC